AGAAUGAACAGGUUAGUGUUGAAUUUUCAAUCUAGGAAAAACGUGUUUUCAGAAUUGAGUGUGACAACUAUGAACGCGUACGGUCAAUGAAUGUAUUGUAGUAACAAGUUCAGAGAGUGCACGACUGUUUUAUUCAAACAUGUCAUUGCGAGGGCAAGAGUGGACACUGGCUAACAAACUCGCUCGUAUCAGUGUAUUCGUAUUACUGCUAUUUGGUACGGAAACUCAUUCUUUGAAGCCAGAUGAUCGGGCGGCUGAACAGCGAAGCCAACCAGGGCGCUUUUUCAAUAGCAUUUCUGCAUCGGAAAGCUUCCCGUUGGACAUGCAGCUCGUUCAUUCACCGCCCGACGACAUCGAUGGCCGAUACCUGGAUCAGGCUGAGAGACGAAAAAGUCGAAAUUCCUUGCAAGAAAACCGAUCUAAAGUAUCCGAUUUGGCGGCAACUCAUCUGUCCUACAGACCGGAAGACACAGCCACCGCGUUUCAGAACAAGGAAGCAAACAAGAAACGGCACAGCGAUCGUGAGAACGACAUGGCGAAAAAUUCAGAAACAAACAGAGGUUUGAACUCAAAGUCACCAAUGUUCGAUCCCUAUAAAGUACAGCCUGUAAAUGGUAGGAAGCCACUUCUCUCGAGCGCACUCUCUUCCUACUACUUACCUGUCAAAUAUCCUGAUGGAGGCUCUCUAGAUUCACACGAGUUCGUACCUAAGCAUUUCCCUCAAAAGGUUGAGUACGGAAUUGAGGGACGUGAGAACAACGCUGCAUACGAGCGCAUUUCUGCCACUAGCGAGCAAGACGAUCUCAUCAGAGCGUCUCUGACGACCACUGACUCGGUCAUGCAUGCGAAUCUCGGUGACCGCAACCGACACACCAGGAGCAAAUCUGCAGCCCGCAGGAUGGCGGUGGGACAAGGAGUCCUGCGCAACGACGGCUCCAGCGGCAGCCAUGGAGACGAGGAGCCGGUCGACCCAAACGAGGAGUUCAAAAACAGUCCGGUGAACCCCGCGACGGCGGUGGCGGGGGAGGCGGCGGUGUUGGCGUGCAACAUCUCCUCCCCCGUGGCGGGGGACGCCAUCCAGCUGGUGCUCUGGUACAAGGACUUCGUGCCAACACCAAUAUACAGUUACGACGUUCGUCAGGGCCUGUACUCGCGGCCUAAGGAAUGGUCGGACGCGGUGCUGUUGGGCAACAGAGCCCACUUCUCGGUGGCCACAAACCCGGCCGCUCUCGUGCUAAACUUCACGAGUAAAGCGGACGAGGCCGUGUAUAGGUGCAGAGUUGACUUCAAGCUUCACAUCACCACGCAUGCUCGGGUCAACCUCACUGUCAUCGAGCCCAUCACGGGCAUCUCCAUCCAAGACCCGAGUGGCUCUGAGCUGGUGGGGGUGGCGGGGCCGUAUCCUGUAGGGUCCACCCCGUCUCUGACGUGCAGGGUGGUGGGCGGUGACCCUCCACCAACCAUAACUUGGUGGAAGAACGGACACUUGCUCGACCAGUCGUACAGCUACAAGGAGAGCAAAGGGUCGGACCUGGGAUUACGCAAGUCUCCCGUGCUGCUAAGCACCGUCCAGCUGCAUCCUCUCACCAGACAAGACCUGCGCGCCUCCUACACAUGCCGCGGUGCCAACCACGACAUGGCGCCUGUGCUGGAGUCCACCGUCGAGAUCGACAUGAACUUUGGGCCGGACAACGUAACGGUGCGCGGCCUGAGUGGCGCGGUGUCCACAAGCCGUCGCCACCAAGUGAUUUGUGAGGCCCGAGGCAGCCGACCGCCCGCCAUCCUAACCUGGUUCUGUACCUGGUACCUCGACGGCAACAUCGUCAAGAGCGUCAGCCACGUGACCUCCUUGGAUGGCCAAGUGUCGUCGAGCACCCUGGAGCUGGUCUUGCAGCCGCAGGACGAAGGAAGUAUCCUCACCUGCCGCGCCCAGAACCCGGAACUCCCAACCGCUGUUCUCGAAAACUCUCAGACCCUCGAAAUUCUCUAUCCUCCGCUGGUGAUGGUCGAGGCUGGCUCAUCGCUGGAUCUGGGCAACAUCAAAGAGGGCGAUGACGUCUACUUUGACUGUCACAUCAAAGCACAGCCACCCGCGUCAAAAAUCACCUGGACCUUUGAU